AUGGACCCAAGAGUGUUGGGAGUGUGGCUGUCUUCAGCUCUGCUCCUCUUGCAGGUCCCAGGCUGUGUCCCUCUGCAUGGCCCCAGCACCGUGACAGGCGCCGUGGGGGAAUCCCUGAGUGUGCAGUGUCAGUAUGAGGAGGAAUACAAGAGCAAUGCCAAAUACUGGUGCAGACACUCGCUUCAACAAUGCAAAGUGAUUGUCCGGACCAGAGGCUCGAAAGAAGCUAGGAGUGGCCGAGUGUCCAUCAGGGACCACCUAGCCAACCUCAGUUUCACGGUGACCUUGGAGAACCUCACCCUGGAGGAUGCAGGCACCUACAAGUGUGGAGUGGAUGUACCGAUUAUCAAUAGCUUCUUCCGGGCUCUGUCCCUGAGGACAGAACAAACACCCUGGGGUCUCCCACAUCCUCACCAGUGCACACUCAGCCCAGCGUGACCACAGAGGACACAACUCCUGGUCCCAGCCUACAACCUCGGUCCCUGCUGAGCAGCAUCUACUUCAAGAUCCUGGUCUUUCUGGAGCUGCCCCUGUUCCUG